AUGUCUUGGCAAGCAUACGUCGACCAAAGCCUCGUCGGCACCGGCAACGUCGACAAAGCCGCCAUCUUCAGCGCCGCCGGCGACAGCGUCUGGGCCACAUCCCCCUCCUUCCAAAUCUCCCCCGCCGAAAUGACCUCCAUCACCACCGCCUACAAAGACACCGCCGACGUAAAACAAGUCCAGUCCACAGGCCUCCACAUCGCCGGCGAGAAAUACGUCGUGCUAAAAGCCGACGACCGCUCGAUCUACGGAAAGAAGGGACGGGAGGGAGUUGUGAUUGUCAAGACGCAGCAGGCUAUCCUUGUGGCGCACUAUCCGGAGAGUGUGCAGCCUGGUAGUGCCGCGAACACGGUUGAGCAGUUGGGGGAUUAUUUGAUCAAGGUUGGAUACUAG